UGAUUAUUUGGACAUUCCCUUUCUCCUUCCCCCUCUUCCUCCUCAUUGUCCGUUGGACCAGAACAGUUCACACGCUCUCUCUCUCUCUUGAGAUCUCUCUCUCACUCUCACUCUCUCUUUCUCACUUUCUUUCUCGUUCUCUCUCUCUCUCUCUCUCUCUUUGCUUCUUGUCUUCUGUCUGUGUUUUGCUUCUCAGGAACCAAAAGCUUGAACAUGAGCUGCGGUGGAGUGGGGACCAAGCACCACCGCCGGUUAUGAAUCCCACGACGGAGCCUCCCCCUCCGCCCCUGCCCCUGCCCCUGCCCCUGCCCCAGUUCCAGCCGCCGAAGCCGCCGCCGCAGCCGCCGCAGCCGCCGCCGCAGCCGCCGCAGCCCCACCGCCGCACCUGCGAGCGCCACCCGGAGGAGCACUUCACCGGCUUCUGCCCCUCAUGCAUCUGCGAGCGCCUGGCACUCUUGGAACCCUCCUCCUCCUCCUCCUCCGCCGCCCCCGCCGCCUCCGCCUCCGCCUCCUCCUCCUCCCGCAAGCCCCCUUCCUCCGCCGCCGCCUCGGCCCUUAAGGCCCUCUUCAAGCCCUCCUCCUCCUCCUCCUCCUCCAAGCCCCCGCCCCCGGCGUCCGCCUCGGCCUUCCUGCCGGAGCUCCGGCGCACCAAGUCGUUCUCGGCGUCCAAGAACGAGGGUUUCUUCUCCGGCAUUUUCGAGCCGCAGAGGAAGUCCUGCGACGUCCGGGUCGGGAGCACGCUGUUCACGCUCUUCAGCCUCGACGACGACCGGAACCCGUCGAAGCGGGACUCGACCCGGAACAGCAACGCGGAGGGCGUCCAGGCCAAGAACUUGGGCCCGGCCGGCGUUCGGGGUCCGGUCCUCGAGUCCAAAGAAGAAGAGGACGCGGGAGCAGGAAGCGAUUACCAGCAGAGCAAGGAGUACAUCGUGCAGGAAGACGAGGAGGAAGAGGAAGACGACGAGAUUAGGGCUUGGGAAGAGCCCAAUGUAGCACCCGCUGUUGUCGAAAACAGAGUGCAGGAGAUUGUCGAAGAAGAGGAGGAGGAAGAGGAAGAGGAAGCAGAAAUUGAAGAAACAGCAGAGCCAGAGUUCGAAGUAGUGCCGGAAGAAGAGGUAAAGACCAUGAAAGAUCACAUAGAUCUCGAUGCUCAAGCUAAGAAGUCUUCCGGGAGAGACUUCAAGGAGAUUGCCGGUAGCUUCUGGUCUGCUGCUUCGGUCUUCAGCAAGAAAUGGCAGAACUGGAGGCGGAAGCAGAAGAUGAAGAAGCGAGACAACGGAAGUGGCUCCGCCACAUUGCCCGUGGAGAAGCCCAUCGGCCGCCAAUUCCGAGAAACCCAGUCCGAGAUCGCCGACUAUGGGUUCGGCCGGAGAUCCUGCGACACUGACCCCAGGUUCUCGCUCGAUGCGGCUCGGAUUUCCUUCGAUGCUGCGCGGAUGUCCUUUGAUGACCCGAGAUAUUCAUUCGACGAGCCGAGGGCCUCGUGGGAUGGGCACUUGAUCGGGAGGACGUUCCCGCGGAUGCCGACAAUGGUGUCCGUUGUGGAGGACUCUCCCGGGCACGUCUCGAGGACCGACACCCAGAUUCCGGUGGAGGAGCCCAUGAAUUGCAUCAAUGAGGAAGAGUCUCUCCCCGGCGGAUCGGCACAGACCCGCGAUUACUACUUGGACUCAUCUUCUCGGAGGAGGAAGAGCCUCGACCGGUCGAAUUCUAUCAGGAAGACGGCGGCCGCAGUGGUGGCGGAGAUCGACGAAUUGAAGUCUGGUAAGAACGCGAAAGUCUCCCCUGCAACUGCUGAGCACUUCCAAGGGAGCAAACCGAUUGUCACGGAUCGAGAGUCGAGGGAUUCAAUCUCCAAUUCGAACUCGCUGAGAGACGAUUGCUCGGACAUGUUCGAUCUUGCAUUCAGGGACAAUGCGUCCGUUGUGAACAAUGGCGACCAAAAGGGGUCGAAGAAAUCUAGGAGAUGGGGCAAGGGUUGGAGCAUUUGGGGGUUUAUACAUAGGAGAGGAGGGAACAAGGACGAGAACGACGAUAGGUACGGCAGACCGAAUGGGGUCGAGCGGUCGUACUCUGAGUCAUGGCCGGAGCUGCGAGGCGAGCCCAACGGGGACCUACGGGCCGGUUUCAAUCGGAAGGUGUUCAGGAGCAACAGCAGCGUGAGCUGCAGGAACUCGUCCUACAGCCAUCUUGUUGGCGGGUCAUUCGGGAGCAUCAGAAAGAACAUGUUCGAGCCGACGACGCCGAAUGGGCACAACGGCAAGAAGAAGCGGGAUGAGUUCGUCCUGGAGCGGAACCGCAGUGCUAGGUACUCGCCGAACAACCUCGACAAUGGGCUGUUGAGGUUCUACCUGACCCCGAUGCGGGGGAGCCGGAGGAGCGGCUCCGGCGGGAAGAGCAGGGCUAAUCAGGCCCAGUCCAUUGCAAGAAGCGUUCUGAGAUUGUACUGAAACUAAGCUGGGAGGAAGAAAAAGAAAGAAAAAAGAAAAGAUGGUCUCUCCAUAAGGCGUUCCUUUUUUGGUUAGUGGUGUUGAAAAUUUUUGCUUCAUUUGUUGUGUAACCCUCACCCUCCAACACAUGCCUGAGCUCUCUCUCUCUCUCUCUCUGUCUUUGUUCUUGGUGGUUGGUUAAGGUAAAGGAAGAGAAAACAAGAAAAGCACUCCUAAAGAUUGUUGCUUUGCUAUUCCUGUGAUCAGCAUGCUUCUUCUGUCAGUUGAAUAAUCGAAAAUUUUUAGUCUUUCUCUUUUCAAAUUUCA